AAGACGCUUCAUCUAUACUCCCCUAAGGUAGCAAGACCUUCCUCAUAUCUCUAUUUGUGCCUAGGGGUUUUCCAACUCGAGAGUCGAGAUCCCAAAGCUUAAGCUCCAGCGCCUACUUAAGUAAUUGUACUACGGAUAAAGCCAAUUCUAUACGUAUUCCUGUUUCCGAUCUGAUGUCGGCCCAUAGUCCAAGAAAAACUGUGUUGAGUGAGCUGCCGGAAGAGAUAAAGGAAAGCAUUUUGGAGCUCCUGCCCACUCGAGACGCCGCCAGAUGUGCUCUGCUCUCAACUGAGUGGAGGGGUGCUUGGUACCGCCUAGGGCGACUCGUCUUUGACAAGGACUUCUUCCGCUCCCUCAAAAACAUGAGCAAACCUGACGGCGGCUUGUGUAUGGUGAGCAUAAUAAACCAGAUUCUCAUGCUCCGAUCUGGACCCAUUAAGAAAUUCACGUUUCACUAUUCUUUCUCAUCUAAGCCGCCGCUGGAGCAGUCUGAUUUAGACAGGUGGUGUCUUUUACUUGCAAGAAAAGGCGUUGAGGAACUUGACCUCUCUGCUGGUUUUCCUAUAACAGAUUAUAAGGUGCCAUCCUGUCUUCUCUGGUGCAAGACCAUCAAGGAACUGAAACUCGAAAGUUUCCUUUUUUACUUUCCGGUAAAUGCUGCGUGUAUAUUCCCAGGACUGGGCUUUAGCAUGCCUAAGCUUGAGAAGCUGGCUUUGUACAGGUGUUGUGGUGCGCAUCCUGUAUAUUAACAGAUUCGUUAAUUUCAGGGGUAAUGAUAAUGGUCUGGGCUUUAGCAUGCCUAAGCUUGAGAAGCUGGCUUUGUACAGGUGUUGUGGUGCGCCGCUCAUUUUUCUCACCAGCGCUCCCAAUCUUAAAAGCUUGUCAAUAUCUGAUUUUCUUAGUUGGAAUUACACAUUGCCCCCCAUUCGUUUCAGCUCUAUUAAAACCUUCUUCCUCUAUAUGUGUUCGAAUUGGGCUGAUGCGGUGGCCUCAACAGCCUUCCCGACUUUGAUAAAUCUGGAAGAAAUCAAACUUGAAGGCUUCAUAUCUCGCCAUCUUCCCUUUGCUGUCCAAUUGCUUAAAAAAUCCCCCAAGCUAUUGGUGCUGGAUGAUUUGAGGACGCUUGAGACCGUGAAGCUCAACGGGUUCACAUGAGGCAAAAACGAACUGUGCCUUGUGCAAUUACUACUCUCCAAGUCGCCUGCACUAAACCACGUUGUCAUUUGUGCAUCUCAACGUAUCAAUGAAGCUUUGCAUUUCGAGGCCACAAAGAAGGUUUUGAACUUUUUUCGUGCAUCUCCCAAAGCACAAAUUGUCUACCAUUCAAGGAGCACAAAUCCUUAAAAAGAAGAUCUCAAGGUGUAUCAAUGACUUUUUUAGUAGUAUCUUAAUAUGUUAUGCACUUAUGGGAAUAUUCUACCUAGUUUGGCUGGGCGUGGUGUAUAUGUCUAUCCAUCUAUCAGUACAUGCUAAUUAUUGGUACUUAUUCGGUACGUAUUUGGUGUUUUUGAGCUGCAUUGGUUCUUAGGUUUCUUCACAUAGUAAUAUCAACAGGUAAUGUGGGAGUAAUAAGGAAAAUCUAUGAAAUGAAAAUAGAGAGGUACAAAAUUCAAACAAGCAGAAAAACUCUCUGGACAGUAGAAAUACAUGUAAUGGCCAGUAAAGGCAAUAAUUACAUUGCAAGAGGCAAGGAGAUCUAGAGGAUUGCUUCUUCCCUUUGUCAUUUACUCCGUACUAUAUUACUACGUAUUAUGUACAUUUAUAAGCAUUCAAUAAUGUGAUUAUGUGAUAUUACUACCCAUAAUAUGCGGUAACUUAUCAUCAGCCAUAUGAUCUAGAACUAAUUGGCAUAAAUCAUAGUUGUACUAACGCAAUUCAUAAAUAUAAGAAAACUGUUAAGUGGGGGUUUUGUUUCCAAUUAUAGUUUCUAUAUGAUUUUGCAAAUAAACAUACUUGAUCUGGCGUACAUAUUGAACUGGAGCACUCAAAAAUCAAAAUUGUGUAGUAUAAUGAAUACUUCUUGGGCUGCCUCUUCUAAAUUAUGACUGCUUAGUCGGAGAAAAUUAUCAAACUUCACUUAACAACUCAAACCAAGAGCUUUUGGAUUCUCCCUGUGAUGCCGAUUUCUUAAAGUAUCAAUCUUUGUGCUCAAACUUUCAAAAAUUGUAGUGACGUAAACCCAACCGACCUCAAGAAAUGAUCUGGUUCUCUUCUACUUUAAACUUCCAGAGCUCUAGUUCGGCAAAGAGCGACCAGCCUUCGAGGAAUUUUGCAUCUAUAAAAGAUUUGUUUCAUCUGAUUGUUGUUCGUUCUGCUUAGGGAUGGAUCGGGGCCGGUCGGACCGGCCCGGCACUGGAAUCGGACCACCACUGUGCGGUACCGGCCCGACCUGGCUGACCGGGACCAGGCCUUGGGCCUGAACCGGGGGGUUUUUGGGGCGGGUCAUGGGCUGCACAUCUCUUGGAUCUGGCCCGGCCGGUCUAGACUUUAGUUUUGUUUUGCAGUAUCAAAGGAUGAACAAAGACAUGACGUCCUGAUUCAUCAGAUCGUCAUGAGGGGGAGUUCGGUCCAAGUGCAUUCAAACUUUCACAAAUCAUUCUCGGAUACUUCUCUUCUCCAACACAUUCAUAACUAAAUGGUCAGUAUAUACUCAUAACUAAAUCAUCUUUUAUGAAGUGCCACCAAAGGGGAGAUUGUAAUGAUUUCUUCCCAAAGUUUUUUGAAGAAAACAAAGGAAGAUGAGUUGCACUGAAGACCAAGACAAAGAUAAUCCAUGCUUAAUUCCAAAUUGAACACAAAGGGGGAGAUUGUUAGGACAUAUGUAGUAUUUUAUUGUGUUUUAGAUUUUCUAUUAGAUUUUAUUAAUGGGCCUUUGUAAUUAAUUAGAGGCCACUUAAUUAGACUCAUUCGUUUCAUCCUAAUGUAACUAGGAUGUUCGACCAUACUCCUAUAAAUAUAGGAUGUAUAGACCGAAACACCUAAGAGCAUCUUCAAUCAGCGGGUGUCGACAUUAAAAAACGUGCUACAUAAUCCUCAUUUUACAAGAGAAUAAACAUGGUGCAUUUCUGAUUACUUUAAAAGCUAAACACUAAUCUAAACUACAUACACACACACCCACAGGUAACAAUGAUGACUAUUGUUUGUUUUUUAAUAUCACUGUAAUACUGCUCUUUGAGUUCCAAGAGUUACAUUUCAUUUAAAGUUUUGAAUCAAAAGUGAAACAGAUGCUUUAUGUGCAUAGCUAGAUAGUCUUUAAUCCCCAUAUUUGAAGUUAUGAUAGUUUACUUUGAUUACAAUUUGUUGGUUUAUACCUAGUUACCUACAUUAUGCUUACCUCUUUAUCAUGCAGAUAUAAAAAGCAAUGGAUUCACAAGACCCUGAGACCUUCUCUUCUUCUCAGUACCAGUAUAUUCACCCAAUACCAGCUCAUCACUCAAGCCAAUCACUUCACUCAAUCCCACCAAUUCAACCAGCUUAUAACUUCAGCCAAAGCAAUGGAAUGUAUCCUUAUUUUGUUGAUCAAUAUGGAUCUAAAAUACCAUUCCAAGGUCUAUUGAAUUCUCCAACAAUGAAUACUCCAAUGGAAAAUGCUCAAAUUGAGAGUUCAACAAAAAGAUCAAAAAAGAAAGGUGUUGAUAGCAGGAUAGUAUCUGAAGCUGCAAUUUUGAGAAAGGAAUGGACCAAAGAAGAAGAUGUAGCAUUGACAACGGCGUGGUUACACGUAUCAAUGGAUUCAUACAUUGGAAAUAAUAAAAAAAGUACUGCUAUGUGGGUGAGAAUUUAAGAAGCAUUUAAAAAAAGAGAAUGACCAAAAAGAAUUUCAAUUGAAAGAGCAACUGAUCAAAAAAGAGAUUGAGCUAAAAGAGAACGCUCAGAAGAUGAAGUUAGGGUGAUAUAUUAUGAAUCAAGAUUUAAGUAAGGUCUCACCAACUGCUCGAGCGGCAUAUGAAUUCAUGCAAGCAAAUAUUAUAAAAGAUGGCCUCUUUGGAUGUCGUAGGUAAAUAAUAAAUAGAUAAUAUAUAUAUAUAUAUAUAUAUAUAUAUAUAUAUAUAUAUAUAUUAUCUGUUUUGUAUUGACUUUGAAUGAAUUGUGACUAAACUGAUAAUGGUCAUUUCUUUUUUCGAUGUCCAGCACUUGACACUCAAGACUGCACUUAUUUGGGAAGUAUCUAUUUUAGAAUCUAGCCAUUUGUUUAUUUUCAAUGAUGUUUUCUUGUCUAGUUGGAUUUGUACUGGUAGACUAUUGAUAGUAAUAGGUUUUUAAUGACAUAGCUUUAAAUGACUUUCCUAUUUUUCUCUGUCGUCG